AUGGCUAAGUCUAAGAACCACACGGCUCACAACCAAACCAGAAAGGCCCACAGAAAUGGUAUCAAGAAGCCUAAGACUCACAAGUAUCCUUCUUUGAAGGGUGUUGACCCAAAGUUCAGAAGAAACCACAAGCACGCUUUGCACGGUACUGCCAAGGCCUUGGCUGCCCAACGUGCCGAAAAGAAAUAA